GUCAUCGUGAGGCCGGCAUUUUGGAAGUGACUGCGAUUGCCGGUAUUAUUUCUCUCCUACUCGAACGGGAACUACCGUUAUAAACAGUGAAAAUGUCGAACUUAUCCAUUGAAGAUACGGCGAUGGCGAGCAGGCUGAAGAGUUUCAAGAAUAAGGGAAGAGAUCAAGAGGAGAUGAGGAGACGGCGAACAGAGACCACCGUGGAGCUUAGAAAGAACAAGAGAGAGGAAACCGUUCUAAAGAGGAGAAAUGUACCCAACCUUGAAAGCACAGACUCAGAAGAAGAGUCACCUCUUAUGAACAAAUCCAUAUCGGAGAUAGUAGUGAAUGCUGCCAAGUCUCUAGAACCCAACAUACAACUCGAUGCAGUCCAGGCCGCUAGGAAACUCUUGUCAAGUGAUCGCAACCCUCCCAUAGACGGUCUAAUAGAAUCUGGCAUUCUCCCUGUUCUAGUCGAUUGUUUAGCGAGAGAAGACAAUCCAUCGUUACAAUUUGAAGCCGCCUGGGCCCUCACAAACAUCGCGUCUGGAACUUCUAAACAAACGAUAGCAGUGGUAGAGGCAGGAGCGGUACCUUACUUCCUUAAGCUCUUGGGCUCUCAACAACACAAUGUAGCCGAGCAGGCAGUAUGGGCCUUAGGAAAUAUAAUAGGUGAUGGACCAAGGUGUAGAGACUAUUGCAUAAAGGAAGGAGUCGUGCGACCUCUGCUUAACUUCAUCAAUCCCACAAUUCCCUUGUCCUUCCUGAGGAACGUGACGUGGGUCAUAGUAAACCUGUGCAGGAAUAAGGACCCCUCACCGCCUCUAGAGACUAUCAGGGAGAUCCUACCCGCUCUCCUUGCAUUAAUUCACCACUCAGACACCAAUAUACUAGUAGAUACAGUGUGGGCGCUAUCAUACCUGACAGAUGGAGGUAACACACAAAUUCAGAUGGUCAUAGAUUCAGGAAUUGUCCCUACACUGGUUCCAUUAUUAAGCAGUAAAGAAGUUAAAGUUCAGACAGCAGCAUUAAGGGCAGUAGGCAACAUAGUAACAGGUACAGACGAGCAAACACAAGUUGUUCUUGAUCACCAUGCUCUACAACACUUCCCAGCUCUUCUAGAUCAUGCCAAGGAUAAGAUCAACAAGGAGGCAGUAUGGUUCCUAUCAAACAUCACAGCAGGUUCUCAGAAGCAAGUCCAGGAGGUCAUUGACGCAGGUCUCAUACCCCAGAUCAUCAGGCACCUAGACAAGAGUGACUUCCAGACGCAGAAGGAGGCAGCGUGGGCGGUCAGCAACCUGACCAUCAGUGGUAACAAAGACCAGGUCAGUGUGUUGGUAGAAGAAGGCGUGGUCCCACCCCUCUGUAAGCUCUUGACGGUCAAGGACCCUCAGGUUGUCCAGGUGUGCAUCGACGGUAUCAACAACAUCCUCAAGCUGGCGGGAGAGAACUACCAUGACAUCGCUGUCAGCAUUGAGAUGUGUGGAGGUUUGGACAAGAUUGAGUUACUGCAGAACAGUGACAUUGAAGAGAUCUACAAGCUAGCCUAUGAGAUCAUCGACCAAUACUUCUCUGAGAUUGAUGAAGAAGAUGCUGCCCUUGCGCCCCAAGCCAAUCAAGAUGGAUUCCAGUUUGAUACCAAUACCAACAUCCAAACAGACGGCUUCCAGUUUUAAGCCCUCCCCCCCUACCUACCCAACCAACCACCCACCACACGUAGUCUACCUGACCCUCACGUUCGCCGAUCUGAUAAAAAUCAUCGCAAUUCUUCCUCAUACGACUGGGAGACGUGAUGCUUGGAUUCAUGUAACUAUAUAGCAAACAGAUGGUGUAGCAAGACUAGUGAAAUGCGGUAGUUUGGAUAGUCAUACCAUGAAGAAUCCGGGUGGGCAUUGAAUGCCCCAAGACGCAAACAUAUGGAUGGCGAAGUUCCCCGUCAUGAGAAUGUUACUUAAGCCUGUAGCGGGGAGAGAUUUGUUUCUUACACUCGGCAUUCACUUCAACAUCAGGAUAUAUUUAACAAGGGCAGUGAGCUACUCAAUGGCUAUAUAUAUUUAUCUGUUUUCAAUGCAUACGAUCUGCAAGGCUGUCGUUCCCAGUGCACUUCAAAAGCCACCAGGACGUUGUAAUACUCGACCAACCAGAUAACCAACACACACCGGUGAAACAGACUGGGAAUAUUGUUAAUGCUACACCGACUAUUUUAAACGAGGAACCACGCAAGGAAGAAUGUUCUUGGUGCGAUCCCUACCACAUCUUGGAGACCAGUUUGUUUUGGAAUAGUUUAUCGUGUGCCUUCGUGAAGUGGAUGUGCAUUCUAUAAGGCUUUUUUGUGUGUGUUCAUCUGGUUUGAUGUGACGCAUGUGUUGCACAGUUGACGAUGCCGUCUAAUUAAUUACCAGGGCUCGUCGUUGGUGUAAUACAGCUACAGUCCUCAUCUCAUUAGUAUAUUGGGUUGGUGGAUGGACAGUUUACUUAUUUACUUAUUUGCUGCCAUGUCGUGACCUGUAUAAUCAGGUACUUUUUUAAAUAUCUCUCUCUCUCUCUUCCUGGUUUUUAAGAGACCGUUCAUAAGCUGUUGAACAUUUUUGAGGGAAAGAAGGAAAAAAUCUGCUUUGUCUUUGCCAGAAAAAGCAGCCAUGUCCAUGCGCUGAUUCUGUAUAUACUUGUUAAUGUUGCAAGCGAACAUAUUUUAUUAAUUGCUUUUUGAUGAAGAAAAAUUGAAAAUGAAAAUUGUCAAGGGCAGAUAAAGAACCAAGUACCUCUUAAAAUAUCCAGUACAAAAAGUUGCAUACAAAAGAAGAAGAAAAAAAGUGCCAACUGAAAUAAUGAUACAGACAAUUAAAAUAAUUAGAUGUAUAUCUCCAUGUCACAUUGAUUUGCAUUCAUUUGUGUUCUUUUACAUUUUCCAUGUGCUUAGUCCUUUUUUAACAGCAAAUCUUUAAAUUUAUCCUAUUUAUUACAAUUUUGUGAGUUGAUAUUUCUUUCUUUUGGUACUGAUCGCUUUUUGAUUGUUGUAUUUUUCAAAACUUUUCGAAACCUCCACCAGUCAGUGAGGACGUCUACGAUGCAAGUUUGAUAAAAUCUUUCAAGAAAAUGCAAUAGAAGCCGUGUAUAAGGCUCAUGUGUGAUUACGUAAACAUUUUUUGACAUGUAAGAAGAAAUAAAAAUGAUAUUUAAACAUGUUACGAUUCAAAGAAAAUCAUUUUUGUUAUUUGAAAGUAUUGUACUAAUUUUUUUGGACAGAAAUAUCGUAUUUCAAGAUGUGACAAUUUUAAACGACUGCUCGUUUUAUUUACUUUCUGCUGGACAGAGUAAUUGAUCAAAAAAAAGAAAAAAAUUGAAAACUUUUGUUGUUAUAAUAACUUUUGAUUUCUUAGCCCUUGCCAACUUACUACUUUAAAUUUAUUGGCAAAUCUAUGGGACAACAAUUUUUUUUUACGUGUUGCAUUUUUGUAAUUUGAGAACCAGUUGGUUUAUUUCUAAUAUUUUUUCACUCUUGCUUUUUUGCGUGCUGAAUUGAACGAAGAUGCAGAACUCUGUAACGUGAUUGAUAUAUAAUACUGUACAUAUGUACAAAGAGAAGAUGGCUACAGAAAGUAGGCCUACAUACAUAGCACAGACAGUUUAGCUUCUUGACACAUUUUUUAGAAUAUGCUUAUCACAUUUACAUGUAUAAAGUUACUUUUCUCUCGGGUUUCUCAUUACCUAUAUGGAGAUAAUGUUUUCUUUGGGGAAACAGGAUUAUCGGUAGAAAAUCUGUUAAUGUGGGCGCUCUCAAUCGAUGUGGAGACGUAUUUUAUGAGUUGAUAUUUGAUUAUAGGUAGUUAAUUUUAGUUUAAAUGAAUUUGAGCAAAUAUAAAAACAUUUCUACCUUGUGUAAUAUUUGUCAGUUAUCCACGUGAUAAUUUUCAACAGAGUUUGAUGUGCACAGCAGGAAUAGCUAUCGUAUAAUGAUGAAAAAGGAAGAAAAGUGAGAACGUAUGUAUUCAAAGAAUAAUUCACAUUCACAUCUAAUUGCAUCAUUUACCAUUUAGAAAUCGUUGACAGUUCGCCCCUCCUUGAUUGUGUGUUAAUGAGCAUGUUAAUCGCUUAGGAUAUUGUGCUGUGUUGUUAUUUACACAUUAUACAAAGAUAUAGCAAGUAUAGUACAAGAGAAUGGUACAUAUAGGAUAUUUAUGCAGGAUGAAUAGUUAAUACAUAGUAUUACAUACCAUAGGCAGGCUCCACACAAGUUUUUUUUGGAAGGGGUUACAGUUUUAACUUAUUGCAGUCUGUAUGUAUGAGCCCGACAACUUUUUUUGAUGGUCCAGACUUGGAGUUUAUGGGUCCAUGUGUCUCCCGGGCGCCUGUCGAGCUUUGCCGUAGGGUAUUUUCUCAUAUUUUUUUCUGGUUUGUACUUCAGUGUAAUCAUUCAGUGUGAAUAUAUAAAAUGUACGGAAAAUAUCUACAAGGGCACUAUACAGAGGUAUGAAACAGUUGCAGUCUUUGUAGUAUGUGGAGAUGUAUUUGGGACGUUUAGAUGAAUAAGCAUUUAGGCAGAAAUGAGCCAAUGUUGCAAUUUUGCUGUUAAUCUUCUCAUAUACUCUUUUUGUGUUUAGGGGGGCUCCAUGGACAUUCUAUUUUGUUUUUUCCGCUGCUCCAAUUUUAAAUACCGGUAUUGUUUUGCUACAAGUAUUUUUAGCACAUGGCUUAUAGUACAGGAGUGAAUGUUAUUACAUGUUCCAUGAUGUAUGGAGUUUUUUUUUGUGCAGGAUGAAUCCCAUAGAAAACAUUGUUUUGUUAGAAGCAACGUUUUACCCUGUGAACUUGUAUCAAAAUGUGAAUUUCUUGGUAAACAUGUGGGAGACGCACAUUUAUGUUUCAAAUUUUGUUGCUAUCAUAUUUGUUAUAGAUGUUUCAUAGUUUCAUGAUAAAUGCUAACUGUAUAUUAUGGUAUAAAACUGCGGCUUUUAUAAAGCAGAAUGCAUGUUCGUUACACAGACAUUUACACAGACAGCUUAAAAGGUUUAGUUAUGUAAAUUUUGGAUAUUUCCCCACCUUAAGUAGCUAUUGUUAAUCUGUAAGUAAAUUGCAUUUAACCUAGUCAGUACGAUGUGAUACAUUUAUGACACAUUUAUGUUAUGACAUGUACCCAAGUGUUUGCAUGUUAUUAGUAUAUCAUAAUGUAACUAGAAGCAAAUGAAUUUUGUAGUACUUUGUUGUCUUAAAAACAACAUUAACACCAAUGCAUUGUACAUGACACCCUACUCGCAUUUUGUACAUGUGCAUUUCGUAGAAUGCUCACUUUCUUUCUUCUAGGUAAGUUUGUAUUUCUUUUUCUUUACGAUAGGUUUGCUGUCAAAUUGUAUAUAUUUGCAAAGUUUUCGAGUAUAAAAUAUGUGGAGGUUCUGAAUAGUAUGAAGAUAUACACUAAUUGGAAGGAUGAAGUUACUCCCUCUCCAGUAAUUAUUGGAACCUGAAGUAUGUGAAAUAAUUUUGCUUGUACAGAAAGCGACACUGUUCCUGUUUUUCAACAACAUAAAAGUCGCCUGUGUUUGUAGCUUAAUGUAUGCUAAGUUGGUGUGUUUCACUUUUAAAGAAUUGUUUGUUUUCAUUUUGGAGAUAUGUUUUUUCUUUUAUUUUGUUGUUGACAUUACAGAAAUGAAUUGAAGAUUUUUUUUUAGACCAAAGAAUUCAAGAAAUGUGGAAUUAAGUGACAAAAAAUAAAAAAGGGGUCACGUGUGAGCAAUUAUAUUAAUGCUAUUGAAGAAAAAAAGCAAGUACAGAAACCGCUUAUGAAAAAGUGCAUGUUCUUGUUGUACGCAUAUUAUGUCAAUAUUACUCUUUUGUUUUUCCAGAAGUUGUUUUGAUAGUAAAAAAAAUUAAAUAAAUGAAAAAAAUACAUUUUCUUUAGCUCAUUGUUCAUAUUGCCUAUUCAAUAUUUUAGCAAGUUGUCAUUUCAUUAUGUACGGUCUUAGUCCCAUGCAUUAGAAAAACUGUAAAACUUAAGAAUGAUGCAUUAAAUUGAAAUUUGCAAAUGUUAUAUAUAGCAUUUUUUUUUUUACAAAGACUUUUUGAUAGAUUCUAUUUAGCUAUUGACAUUAUUUAUUUUUAUUAAGCUCUUGGAAAAGUGUUGUAUUGAAACAUUGCUUGUGUUUUAUUCAUGUUGGGACCUAAACUGCAUCAUAAUGAAAUGACCUCUUCCUCUGGUUUGUUUAUAUGACUAGAUUGUUAGAUUUGCAUUAUUAUGUAUAUGCUUUUAUGCUUAGAAGAUUUGGAUUGUCUGAAUGUUAUCAAAUAAUUCUGCAUUUCCUUUUUUAUUGUUAUUAUUUGAUACGAUUUGUGAGUCAUUUAAUCUAUGAAUGCAAACUUUUUAAAACUUUGAAGUUAACCUCCAUGCACAUUGUGGAAUGGUGAAGUUCUUAUUUGCCUAACGAAUACCAAACGAAUAUUCAGAUGAAAAGGUGUGCUGUCUGUUGUCUAGAUAAAUGCUUUUAUUUGUAUUUAAGAGAUGAAAAAUUGUUUUAGAAAAUACUGAAAAUAAUAUGAGAUGCCUUUUUGACGUUUAGGCAAAAUGUGAUGAAUUCAAGGAAAGAAAUACGGUUAAGAAGCUGCACCUGUAAAUAAUGCUCGCAGUCGGAAUCUCGUUACGUCUCGGUAGCGCAAUUCAGUGCUUCGGUGGUGCGGUUUAUGAAAAAACAAAUCUAAUACUUUGAAUGUUCUUCCAAACAAAAUGUACUGUUAACAAACGAAAGAAUGAUACAAAAGAUUAAAGGUGACAACCUUGCUAUGACGUAUUGCAAUAUAGUUGAUCAUACAUGGUACUUGUUCAUGUUUUAUAAAAUGAUAUGAGAAGAAAACCUAUAUAUUGUGCGUACUUUCUCUGAACUUUUAGUCACAUUAGGGUACUUGUUAGUCAGAUUUCUUUUGUUUAGUCUGUACCAUAUCUGUAAUUAUACUGUAAGCUGCGUACUCACUUAUCUGUUGUAUGAAGGGGAAGAAAAAAGAAAAAUGGCGGCUUUAUCAUAGUCAGCUUAACAAUUGCUCUUAAAUGAGAGAAAAAUGUGAAAAAUACAAACUAAUAUGUAAAAUAUUGAGAUUUCAUGUGUCGACUUGCUUUGAGGAAUUUUUUGUAUUUACUAGUUAUGUAAGAAAAAUCCCCCAAAAAGGCAAUUUUUGUGAGGUAAAAAACUUUCCAAUUUGAAGAUAUUUAAAACAUUUAAAUGAAAUGCAUAUUAUUAUUGUUAUUAUUAUCACUAUGUGUACCUGAAGUGUAAGAUUAUUCCAUUGUAUUUGGCCAGAAGAAUGGAGUAAUCUUGCAGAGAAAACAAGAAAUAAAAUAUUGAGCCUUUCUGGA